AGCACAUGUAAGUACUUCCGAAAAUCAGAACUCACGAGAGAGUACAGCUCAUAAGGUCGAUAUUUUUUUGGGUUCCUCCUUCAUCGCUCGCAUUCUACAAAAGCAAGUGGUCCCUCGUCGAGAACAAAGUCAUGCGCUCAGUUUUCACUACACAAUCUCAAUCCUAUGAAGAGAAGGAUAAGUUCGUUGUUUUUGGUUCGCUACGCCGCCGUGAUUGUUUUUCUGCUGCUUUCUUGCGUUCCUGCUUUGUUGUGUCUUCCGAGUAUAGUUACACUCGCCUUCCUUCUCUUUUUGCUUCACCGUGCAGUGGCGCUGCGCCCGAGGAGAUGUUGGUCAUCUCGUUCUCCACCAGGAGGAAACAAAACGUGUUCCAUGGCAGCGGCAAUGCUGGCUCUCGCGGCGACGUGGUCAGGUGGGAUUGGGAGUCUAGCGCUCGUGGUCCCCGCAGAACCAGGCGGUGUUUCGUCCGGUGCGCAGUUGGAAGUGGAACACGAACCACAUCAAGAAGACGAAGGUGGUCAACAUUUUUACGACGACGUAGCGACCGUUAUCAUCGCGGCGCCGCAGAGCAAGACCCAGAAACGGCUGCACAUUCUGGAGCAAACGAUGCAGUCAAUUCGCCAAGCAAGUCCGAGGCUGGCGAAUUCUUUGGUCCAUGUGUGUUUCGACGGGAACGAGCUGCCGACGCUCAAGACCGCGGCGUACGUGCACAUUCACAAGUCGCUUUGGUUCAACGCGACCCUGCGCGCAGAAAAAUCGCUGAAGGAGUUGAAAAAAAUUUCUGAUGUAAUGUGGGAAGCGGAAGAUCGCUUUAUCUCUCUAGACAGGAAAGGAAAUCCCGAGUUCUAUGGUGGCUACGUGGCCGUGAAAAACGGGACCCGCAUGAUCCGCGGCGCGCACCUCGACGAGCGUUGCCGCAAACCGUUUAACCACACGAUAUACCGGGAUUUCAAGAGACGAGCAAAGAUGUCGGCACGGAGAAUUUUUGCGUCUAGUACUACGUCGCGGCAGCUAAUAAAGACGCGUAAAAAUUACUAUACUGGUUCAACUACACAACCACCACCGUCAGAACAACAGAGUUGUUCCAAGACAUCUUCAGCAAAUAAGUACUACAUCGACGAAGCCUUCCUUGCCGCCCCAGCGCCAUGGAAGUUGAGGAAGAAAGGGCUGAAAUUCACCUUUUUUAGGGACGCACCCAACCUGCGGUUCGUCGAGCUCACGAAGCGGGGGUGUUUGGGCUCCACCCUGAACGCUUGUAUGGCGGGGUUGCCGGACAGAAUCAAGCUGGUGCACAUGAUGCAGGCGGACAUGCCGUUUCUGCGGCCGUUCAACGUGGACGAAACUUUGGGUCUGAUGCGAAAAACGAGGCGGUGGCGCGAUCAGUUGACAAGCGAGAUCAGGGCGCUGGAGGUGCAAAAAUACCAACAAAAUUCCGACGUGCACCGGUAUUUCAAGCAGAUAAGAGGUCUCGUGCAGGAGAAAAGGGAACAAAUCAAGGCGAUUCCGAACAUCGAGCUCGUCCACUACGCACAAGGCCUCAACUGGAUGCACGAGUCCUGGGGGGUGCAGGUGUGCCACGCGUUUUUGCCGAAGUACGUCGGAGAAAAGGUGAUCACGUUGAAGAAGGACGACCACUUGUUCUCGCGCCGAACUGAUCUCGAUCUUCCGCAUGACAAAAUGACAAACACCUGCAGUGCCGCGCCCGAUAGAAGUGGUCGUGGUGCCGCGACUUGUAGUUCCCCAUCGUCUUCCGGCAGCCUCCGGCUGACCCGUUCCUCCGUCUUCAGCGACCAGUCGCACUUCAUCCAGCGUGACUUCUACGACCGUUUUAUCUGGCCGAAGCUGCGGAACCCGUUGGACAUUGCGGGCGGUCUGGGCGUCUUUCCGGAAGACGGGGUGACUUGCGGUAUCAACAAGACCUUCGGGAUUUGGCACGUGGGCGACGUGUGGGACGGGGACUUCGCGGCGCAUUUGGCGGCCACGGGGGAGUGGCGACGGGACUACAGCAGGGAUCGCUUCCUGGUGAGCGGCGGAAGGAACGACGAGGACGAAAUGACGACGAGCGAAGAUAUUAGUGUUCCUUCUGUACGUGACACGGGACGAGCGCCGGGGGUCGGUGUUGACGUUGUUCCUGCAACAAGAACAGAGCGCGCUCCAAAUAGUAAAUCUCUCAGCACGACGAGAGCUUCGUCGACAGCAGCCCCAACCGCCCACUCCUCUUCCCAUUUCUGUGAUGUGGUUCUGAAGCACAACAUCACCCGACAGCGGUUCCUCGAUUACGAGGUAGCGCUUGACGUCGAAAACGACACCGGUUCCGGCGACACUGCGGCCACCAACCCGAGGGCAACGUCUAGCAGUGAUAGUGAAAGAACCGAGCAGGUGAAGGCUGUUUUAGAAAAGCUCACGUUCCCACAUGAACACGAGGAACUGCCCUUGCAGAAAGAGAUCAAGGUGUUCCACGUUGAAGCCUGCUGGGAGGUGGCGGAGCACCGGCGAAUCGAACAGGAAGCCAUUGAGGAACACAGAAAGCGGUCGUUGGUUCCGGUGGUAGACGAAGCAGCAGAGAAGAAGGCCGCUAAGACGAAUAGUGAAAAAGGAAAAGGGAAGUCGACAACGACCGAUAUAAAGACCAGCAGUAAAGAGGGAACGGCGAAGGGAGAGGGACGACGAGAUGUGGCAAGAAGCGACGGAGGUUCUUUCGACAAGGAAGCAAAAGCGAAAAGUAAAACAAGUUCGGAACAAAAUUACGAGGUGGGAACAAAGGAGCUAGCACCGCCGGCGGACAAAGGUAUUAGUGGCGCAUCAAGAGCAACCACAAGAAAUUCAGACUUGAUGCAGGUGCUGAACUUCACAACUUCGGUUGCAGAACCCGCGAAGAUGAAACAAGUACUAGCGGACGAAAACUCUGCGACAGCACCACCGGGUGUUCUUGACCACUUCUCCACAACAAAAACGAAUGCCACCACGAGGAUCACGACAACCCUCGCAGCGUCUUAUUACACGGGCUUCGAGGCUUCGGGGCAGUUUAUUCUGCACGCGACGGAGCACGAUGUGACGCACCCGAAGUACCCACACGGGACAAAGAACGUCGACGACUUUUGGCGGAAGUGGACGUGUUUGUUUUGCGAAGAGGUCGGGGAAGCGAGGAGGAUCAGCUACGUGCACGAGGAGGGCUCUUGACAAGUAGGAAGAUGAAUUUGCUGUGGACCACAGGACUAAGUACUUGAUCAAAAGAUUACAAGGAAUCCAAACCCGUAACCCUUACCCGGAUUAGAUACAAAGAAAAGUAUAAUGUCUUCUGGACCAGGAGGACCAGAAGCACCAAUAUCCG